UCCGGCGUAUGCAUCCGGCGUCCGCCCGCCGCGGGAUGGCGGCUCUGAGAACUUGGCUGUCGAGGGGCGUAGCCUCUUUCUUCAGGUACCGACGCUGUCUUCCUGUCGUGGCUAACUUGAAGAAGCGCUGUUUCUCAGAAUUGAUAAGACCAUGGCACAAAACUGUGGCAGUUGGAUUUGGUGUGGCCCUGUGUGCAGUUCCUAUUGCGCAGAAAUCAGAGCCUCAUUCCCUCAGUAACGAUGCAUUAAUGAGGAGGGCAGUGUCUUUGGUAACAGACAGCACCUCCACCUUUCUCUCUCAGACCACGUAUGCACUAAUUGAAGCUAUCACUGAAUAUACUAAGGCUGUUUAUACUUUAAUUUCUCUAUACCGACAAUAUACAAGUUUACUUGGGAAAAUGAAUUCACAGGAGGAAGAUGAAGUAUGGCAGGUGAUCAUAGGAGCCAGAGUUGAGAUGACUUCAAAACAGCAAGAAUACUUGAAGCUAGAAACCAGUUGGAUGACUGCAGUUAGUCUUUCAGAAAUGGCAGCAGAAGCUGCAUACCAAAGUGGAGCAGAUCAGGCCUGUGUAACCGCCAGGAAUCACAUUCAGCUGGUGAAACUGCAGGUGCAGGAGGUGCGCCAGCUCUCCCAGAAAGCAGAAACCAAGCUGGCAGAAGCACAGACAGAAGAGCUCCGUCAGAAAACACAAGAGGAAGGGGUAGAGAGGGCUGAGCCGGAGCAGGAGGCCUACCUGCGAGAGGAUUAAGGGCCUAAGCCCACUGUCCUGUCUGCUAUCUCAGUGAGGAGGGCAGGGGUGGAUGCUAUCCUGCCCAGGGUUGGCAUGACUUUCUGCACAGGGAAGAGGGGGCAGGUUCUGCCCUGGCCAAUCAGGCCAGAGGCCUUUGUGAGCUGUGAGUGCCUGGCCCCUCCCUCCUAGGGGUCUCAGGCUUGUACUGGACCUGGUUCUUAGCCCUUGGGCACUGGCACCCUUGUUAACAUCUCACCCCAUUCCAUGUAGCUGUCCUCUCACCCCCUGAUCCUUUUACCUCACCCAAAGUAUUGGCCAACCUGGGCCAGAGAGGUGUCAUUUUUGUCAUGCCUUUCAGUUCAGUAGCUGUUUAGCCUCAGUUUUCAAUCUUAUUCACAUAUUCAAAUAUAAUGUAAGAUUUACUCCUUCUGUAGGGGUGUGAGUUUUGGGGGGAAGGGGAGCCUGUCUGGUUAGUAAGAUUUGUGUGUUUCUGAUGCCUUCUCUGGUCUGGCCCCACUGCCCUGUAAGGAUAGCUUAGGCCGAUGAGUCAAAGGUCUGCUAUCAUUAAGGGAAUAAAUGCAGGUGUUUACCUGGUGCUCUCAACAGGACUGUUCUAACACUUGCCUCUUAUUUCCUUUUUGCCUUUGAGUUUCUCUGUUGUAUCUAAAG